AUGCAGUCCGUUCACGCUGUCCCCGUGGCUCAGGCCUUCCAGAGUGCGCCUGCUGAGUAUUCCGUGGGCCAUGUUCCCGUUGGAUACACCGCGGGUCCUGAUCCCGUUGCGUACGCCUUGGGAAAGCUCCACUCGCCUACAGUCUUCGUCAGGGCAAGAGUGCCUAAAAGAGGCAGCAUUAUGGGAAAUCCUAGAGAGUUUUACAACGAAGAAGAGGCGCAAAGUGGCCAAGAUUUUAGGCUGCAAGUUCCUCGCGGACGGCCGGCCAUAGACGUUACCAAGCAGACUCUGAUAUUCGUGUGGAGUCUUGCCAACCUGGAGUGCUUCAGGUCUGUUGGAGACCGCUUUGGACUCUCCAAGUCUACGGUGUGCAGGGUAGUGCACCGAGUUGGUCUAGCUGUUUUGACCCAGAGCCCAAACUUCGUGUCGUGGCCGACGGAGAAAAAGGCACUGCAUAUUAUAUCCGGCUUCGAGGCGAAAGCAGGCUUCCCUGGAGUCCUGGGAGCAAUCGACGGAAGUCAUAUCGUUUGCAAGGGGCUUCAGGGCAAGGAUGCCCAGUCGUACAUCAACCGACAUAGAUUGCCAUCGGUGCUCCUUCAAGCUAUCUGCGACCACGAGGCCAAGUUCCUUCACUGCAGCGCAGGAGAUCCCGGGUCCGUGCACGACGCACGCAUGUACAGGCGGUCCGAGCUACCGACGAUCUUGACUGCGGACAAGUUCCCCUUCGACAGCCACCUGCUCGGAGAUGGCGCGUACCCGCUGCGACAAAGCCUCCUUGUCCCCUACAGGAACAACGGCCGGCUAACUGAGCAGCACAGAAACUAUAACACAAAGCACGCAACAACGCGAGUGGCUAUAGAGCGGGCCUUUGGGAUUCUCAAGGGGCGGUUCCGACGUCUCAAGUACAUUGAAGCCCGCCGCCCAGAACGCAUUGUCACGACGAUUGUGGCAGCCUGCGUCAUGCACAACGCGUGCAUGGAGUGGCGGGACAUCUACGACGGUCCCCUACACACCGAGGACGAUGGACCCGCAGGUGACGGUACGGACAGCGACUCCAGCGAGUCCGGUGGGUCCUCCUCGGACGAAGACGACGCACCCACGGCGAGUCGCGACAAGGCCAGGGGCAAGGCAAAGCGAGAUUUUAUCAUGCAUAGCCUGUGAAGCCCCGGUAUAUAUGUACAUAGUUCAUGUUUAUUAACAAGAAUAGGAGACCAACCUAUUUUUUUUAUUCUUUAUGUAUUCAUCAAGUUACUGUUAAUAAUUAAAAACUAGUUGGAACUUUCACAUUUCUUUGUGAUCCCGUGGUUACGCGAACAUGUUAAUGAUUGUGACUUAUAUCUUCACACACUCACACAAAAUAAAUAACAUUGAAGGUGAACACAUCUUUGCAGCUCUUUGCUCGUCAAUUAAAAUCUAGAUUACAAAGUUUCAAACAUCAUAGCUCUUCUUCCGCUCUGGCUUUUUCUGCUUUCUUGAGUUCUAUAAAAUCUUUAAAAAAACAAUUAAAAUCCUCUAGGGCCUUGACUUUCCUUUCUUCUAAGGCCAUUUUUUUGGACAGCAACUCAUGUGACUCCGAGAGUUUCGACUUUCUCUUGCUUCCUCGGCUGCACUCCGCCUUCGGCUCCUCUCCGGUUUCCCUGACGCUCAGACCAACUGAGGUGCUCGCAACAGCCAGAGGGACCACCUCCGGCCUUCGCCCGAAGAUUUCAUCCAUUUCCUUGAGGAAUGGCCAAUCCUUCCUGCGAGAUUAAUACAGUGCUGAAAGAUUUCAUCAAAAUCUCACUCAAGAAAUAUAAAAAUGGAGACUUGAAAUGCGUACCUGUCGUUGCCGCUCUUGGCGUUGUGGUCCUUAACACCUUUAUACGCUUUUUUCAAAUUUUUCCAUUUAUUGCAACACUGGUCCUCAGUGACUGGGUACCCCAUUUCAUUGAGGGUCUCGGCCAGCCUGAAAUAAAUCACCACCAAU